CGUGGCUGGCCAGAGCGGAACGGCGCGGCGGAGCGGCGCCAGCGCGGCGGCGGCGGCCGCCGCCGAGGGCCAUCGAGGUUCGAUUUUCGAGGUUGGAAGCGUUUUUCCAAAGUUUUCGGCCUCGAGGGGCCGUUCUCGGGACCUGGGGACCCGCGCAACUCGAUCUGGGGUGAGAAACCGCGCUGGAUGGACCCCACGGGGGUACCGAUGUUGACCGAUGUGCAGCGGCCGCGCCCAGUCCGCAGAGGAGGGGAAGUCCUGGGGCGCUGGGGCGUCUGGCCGCUUGGUGGCGCCGGAGCGCCAGGAUAGAUCGCAAGGCGUUGGGCAAGAUGGGCCUGGCCAGCGUGCUGUCCUACUCAGUGACGUCCAACGCGUCGUACUGCCUCAUCACCUUCCUCGCGAUGCUGUCCGUGAUGCGGGCCACGGGGGCGAGCCCUCUCACGAGUCAGGCUGCCGCAGGGCAGUUCGUUGCCAGCUACGCGGGCCUCUGGCUGCUCAACAACCUGAUCCGGCCGCUGCGCAUCGCGCUCGCCGUGGCUGUCGCCCCUGUGUUCAACAGGGCUCUCGACAGAAUCGAGAGCGCGCUCUCCGUCAAGCGCGGGGCCGCGUUCGCGAUCGGAUUCGUCCUCACCACCCUGCUCGUCUGUGCGAUGUUCUUCGCGGCGCUGCAGCUGCCGGCCAUCAUCACAGGUGUGCCUCUCGGCAGCGUGAAGAAUUUGGGCGCGCUCGUGAAGGCCGGCAAGGCUGCCAGCAGCUGAGCUGGGCAGCUCUGGGGGCGGUCGGGCCCCGGUAUUGGUACCUCUUGGUUCCUCCGUCCGCGCCUUCUGCGGUGGCCGGGCCCUGCCUGUCGCAGAGAGCGAAGCUGCCCAGGUCGGUACGGCUGCCUCUGGGAAUAUCGGCCUAUCAGCUCGAGGUCGGAAAGCAUGUGCCAAUACGCUCAGAGCCCAGACCUCCAACCGUGUGGAUCAGCAAAUUGGCCGCUCCGCUUUUUUCCACGGUGUGCGGCGUGUCGGCCGGCCGGGCCCCCCGGGGCUUGUCAAGAGAUCGACGCCGGA